AUGCCGGGGCCUAGAGGAUGGCCGAUUAUCGGAUCAUUACUGUCCCUCGGCGAAUCGCCUCACAUCGCACUGAUGCAAAUAGCCUCAGAUUAUGGAAACGUUUUCCAAAUACGUCUUGGUGUCCAAAAUAUCGUCGUGCUUAAUGGGGUAAGGGCUUUAAGAGACGCUCUCUUUAAACAACCAAUUGCAUUCAGCGGAAGACCUCGGUUCCCUUCGUUUAUGAAAUCAAGCCAGGGCGGUAAGGGGCUUGCAUUCAGUAGUUACAGCGAACAAUGGCGCAAACUGCGCAAGGUGGUUGAUGCGUCCUUGAGGGACUUUGUAACUGACCGACUGUUCUCUACUGAACAGAAGAUUACAACAGAAGCGAGUGAACUGAUUCGAAUCCUGACUAACAAUAUGAAAGGGCACGUCAUGGACGCCCAUGAUGACAUUCAUGUCGCCAUUGGCAACAUUAUCGUUUUCGCAUUAUUUGGUAAAAAUUACAGCCACGACGACCCGGAAUUCAAAGACCUCGUAUGCCUUAACAAGCAGUUUGCCCAGGCUGUUACUGGAAAUGGCAACAUAGCAGAUUUUUUCCCAUGGUUACAAUUUGUGCCGAGUUCCAUUCAAGACCAGCUCGACACCUACUUAGAACAGGAAUCGUCGUAUAUGAAAGAUAGGCUGAGAGAGCACUAUAAUGUGUACAAGAGCAGCGCUCCUCGUGACAUUCUUGACAGAAUUUUAAGCAUGUACGAAGUGGAUGAAGGUAGAGCCUCAUUACUUAAAAAUACUGAUUCAGAAAAAGAAGUCAUAGCCACACUGUCUAAUCUAUUUGGCGCCGGAUACGACACGACUAGCAAAACACUGUACAUAUCAUUGGUUUAUAUGAUCAUCUACCCCGACAUUCAACGUAAAGUCCACGAAGAAAUCGAUAGAGUCGUUGGCAGAGAUCGGUUACCGAAGUCAUCCGAUCGACCCAGUAUGCCAUUUACAGAUGCCGUUAUACAGGAAGUGCUCCGCGAUUCGUCCAUCGCUGCGAUGGGAAUUCCUCAUUGUACUGUCCAGAGCACAACAUUGUAUAACUACCAUAUUCCAAAGUAUACCCCCAUCUUUGUCAAUUUAUGGUCUGCCAAUCACGACCCUGAAUCAUGGGACGAACCUGAAUUGUUCCGGCCUGAACGAUUCCUCUCCAUGGAUUGCCGAUCAUUGAACAAGUCGGCUACAAGGAAACUGAUGGCGUUCGGUGUGGGUAAGCGACGCUGUCCCGGGGAACAACUGGCACAGUUGGAACUAUUCCUUUUAUUUUCCGCUCUAAUGCACCAGUGUAGUUUUGAGCCAUGUCAGGGCGAGAUUCCUGAACUGAAGUAUACUGUCGGGUUAUCUCUAACUUUGCAGCCAUAUAAAGUGUACACCACCAUACGUAAAUCGGUAGGACAAUAA